AUGUGUGAUGCUGAAGGGCCGUCGGAAAGUUUUUUCCGAAGAAUGAUGAAGUUUCUAUGGUUUGAAACUGAGAGCGUUGAUAAAGUGUUUAAGGCUAUUGAUGAUCAGCUGACUGUUCACGGAGGGAAAGAACUCAGUGAAGGGCAGUUGGAACGGAUCGCGAUUCAUGAGGAGUAA